UAAGGUGUUGAUCAACGUCGUUCAAACAUUAGGUUAGCUCAUAGUUAAGAACCUUUAAUACAUGACAACAUCUGAGAAAAGCAAUAGUCGACUUGUCAGUACGUUAGCAUUAGCUUAACCUUUUUCCACACUGACUAGCUAGUUUUGCUAGGUUACCGGUUACUGUUGCGUUUUUGUCUUUUUUUUUUUUUAAAUGGCGAGAAAAUCACACCAAAUGUCUUAAAAAUAUGCGCCAAUAUAAAACUCUAGCGCUUUUACUAAAACGAAUUUGAUUUAAAAAAAUAAAAUAAAAAAUAAAAAUACCAUUCGUGUAGUUUCAGAAAUGUGCGAGCUGUUAUAUUCGGUUCACAUACAAUCCACCAACCAACAAAAAGUCGACUUUUAGAAUGUAACUAACCGCCAACCAACGUGUUUAAUCUGUGGGGAAAGACCCAGGAAGUAACAGCGAAAAGUUCAACGGUCAUAUGAAGAAGAGUUUCGUGUUGUUUUGGACAUACGCCGAAAUAAAGGGCGACUCUUGUUGAUUUCGAUAUCGUUGUGUCUCUGGUUUAGAAGGCGUGGCUUCAGUGACACUGCUGGUAGAAGGGCGGAACUGUGGCCCCUGUCUUUAGUUUAAAGCAUCCUGGGUUGGCCAAGAUGCUCUGCACAAGUUACCAGCUUCACUUCCAGCACACACAGACAGUCAUCCUCCAGUAGGCCUGUGCAGCUGCAGCCAGCAUGUCAAACUCGGACAGGGUUGUGUUAGCCCUAGGAGGAGCGGGCACAGUGGGCUCUGGAAUAGUUAAAGCCCUGCUGGAUAAAGGUUUCAAAGUUGCAGUGAUCUCCAGGGAAAGCAGUCGGCUGGAGAGGCUCCAAUCAUUCGUGUCUCCCAACACACAGGAUCACCUCACCACCAUAGUGGGGAAUGUGGGGUCAGAGGAGGGAGCAGAGCAGGCGAAGCAGGCCCUGCUGAAGGCGGUGGGGAAGGUGACAGACAUUGUCUCCUCUCUGGGCUUCAGUUGGUGGCAAGGAGGACCCCCACACACACAGUCUCUCAAAGACCUACACUGGGUGGUUGAGACAUUACUUUUCAGCACAUUUGUGUCAUGGAAGGCCUUCUUCCCCUUGGUGAGGGACAACUCCGACUCUACCUACACCUUCAUAACAGGAGGAGCAGGUGAGAAGUUGCUGAUGCCCGGUACCGGCUUCUUGACAGUAGGAGCUGCCAGCACCCUGGCAUUCUGCCAGGUACUACGAGAGGAGUAUCCUGACGUGCCCUGCAAACUCAACCAGGUGAAGAUCAACACAGGUGUAGCCACUCCAGAGCGUAUGGCACCGGGUUACCUGAACCAUCUGGACCUGGGCGAGGCUGUUGCCACCCUUGUGGAAAGACAAAAUACCUCCCACACCGUGUUCGCCGUCAACUGCCCUGCAGACUUAAAAACUGUCCUACUGGAGAGGAGCCUUUAGGCAUGGGAACCAUUGUUCCAGUAACCUACCUUGUUGCUACAGUGACAGUCUACACGCCCUCUGCUCCUGCUCUAACUCUCCACAAACACAUUUAAAGUGUUGUUCAUUUAUUUUCUUCUCCAACAACUCUCAACCCCAUCCAACUUUAUUUGAAUUUUCUGUUGUUGGCUAAUUCUGUAUAUUCAGCUUCUGUUCUCAGAUGGUUAGCGAUAGUUUUCUCUGCAUGUGCUGUGAUAUGUCUGUAAAAGAAAGCAUAGGAUUUCUAAUAUU